AUGAUGGACAGCCGCAUCCUGGAGCAUCCUCAUGCCCAGUUCGGGGGGAUGGUGGGUUUCCCUUACCCGCUCGGGCACCACCACGUCUACGAGCUGGCUGGGCACCAGCUGCAGUCGGCGGCAGCCUCCGUGCCCUUCUCCAUCGAUGGAUUACUGAGCGGCUCCUGCGCCGCCUCUGUGGUCAACCCGGCGCCGCUCAUCCCCUCCGGCUGCGGGGUGAGCGGGGACAGCCAGCCCUUCAAGCUCGCAGACUCGGGUGACCCGGACAAGGAAAGUCCUGGCUGUAAAAGAAGACGAACCCGCACCAAUUUUACUGGCUGGCAGCUCGAAGAGCUGGAAAAGGCGUUUAAUGAAAGUCAUUACCCGGACGUGUUUAUGCGAGAGGCUCUGGCUCUCAGGCUAGACUUGGUGGAGUCCAGAGUGCAGGUCUGGUUCCAAAACCGCCGGGCCAAAUGGAGAAAGAAAGAGAACACGAAGAAGGGCCCGGGGCGGCCGGCUCACAACUCCCACCCCACGACGUGCAGCGGGGAGCCCAUGGACCCCGAGGAGAUCGCCCGGAAGGAGCUGGAGAAGAUGGAGAAAAAGAAGAGAAAGCACGAGAAGAAGCUGCUCAAAAGCCAAAGCCGCCACCCGCACUCUCCCAGCGCCCUCUCCCUCCACAGCACGCCCAGCUCCGACAGCGACAGCGGCGGAGGGGGGGGCCUCUCGCCCGCCCCGCCUGAGGCCAAACCCCGCGGGCAGCCCCCGCCGCCCCAUCCGCCGCUCUCCGCCGCCGCCGCCCCCUCCGAGCCGCCCCCCGGCACCUGCGACCAGACGGCCGAGCCCUUCUACCCCAGCCAAAGAAGCGGGAGCGGGCGGCUCCAGCGCCCGCCCGAUAAGGACUGCGCGGCCGCCCCGUCGGGGGACGGCAGCGGGGGCGCGGGGGGGCCCCGCGGCGCCGGCAGCUUCCACAAGCUCAACCCGUUCAGCGUGGAGAGCCUCCUCUCCGACUCACCCCCCCGCCGCAAGGCCGCGCCGGACUUCCCCAGCCUGCCCCCCUGUGCCCCCCGCACCCUCAUCGGCAAAGGACACUUCUUGCUCUACCCCAUCACCCAGCCCCUGGGCUUCCUCGUCCCGCAGACGGCCCUCAAGGCCAGCCCGGGCCCCGAGGCCGGCCAGCCCCCCCGGGACUCCCCGCUGCCCGCCGCCAACCCCGGUCCCCCCGGCUGCGGCGCGGAGCCGGCGCCCGCGGGGGCUCAGCCCGGCCCCGGCUCCACGGACACGGCGGCGGCCGCGGCGGGCUCGGUGCCCCCCGCGCCGGCAGGAGCCUCGCCCCGCUCCGCGGCCGCGCACGGUGACCCUGCGGCAGCCGCUCCCGCGGAGGGCGGCAGCUUCCCCCGGCCCGAGUCGCCGGUCCGGGCGAGGGACGCCAGCACAGCCAGGGACAGAUCGGACUGCGGCCCCGCCGACGGCGAGGAGGUGGACAUGGACUGA